GCGACGCACUCUUUCCAUCGCUGGAACACCGAGGUGUUGCACACGCGCCAGAUUUUCCCGCCGCCUGCGUCUCUCGAUAGGCACCGCAACGAAGGCCCGAGCUUCUGAAACACCGCCGCCGCCACCACCCCAGCUUCAAGCAUGUCCAAACCAAAGGUUUACUUUGACAUGACAGCCGACGGCGCCAAGCUCGGGCGCAUUGUGAUGGAGCUGCGCGCGGACGUGGUUCCGAAGACAGCCGAGAACUUCAGGGCUCUGUGCACUGGAGAGAAGGGCUUUGGCUAUAAGGGCUCUGUCUUCCAUAGGGUCAUACCGGAUUUCAUGUGCCAGGGGGGCGACUUCACCCGCGGCGAUGGCACUGGAGGCAAGUCCAUCUAUGGUACCAAGUUCGACGACGAGAACUUCCAACUGAAGCACACCGGACCCGGGAUACUGUCCAUGGCGAACUCCGGCAAGAACACCAACGGCUCGCAGUUCUUCCUGACCACGGCCAAGACCGGCUGGUUAGACGGCAAGCACGUCGUCUUCGGCAGCGUCGUCGAGGGCAUGGACGUCGUGAAGACGAUCGAGUCCUACGGUUCCAAGAGCGGCAAGACCUCGAAGAAGGUUGUCAUCGCCGACAGCGGAGAGCUGAAGUGAGUCCGAUUACUGCAGCACAAAUGACCAUUCCCCCUUUUUUUUCUUUCUUGUGCCUUGUUGAGUUCUAAGCCACAUCGUUUCUCGCUAAGGGGCGACUGGGAAGAGUCAUCUUCAGAAGACUCUUCUCCCACGUCCAGCGUCGAAGAUUGAGGAACUCUGGACACUUUCAUUCAUGUGGCACAAGGACAUUUGUUGCCAAC